AUGUGCAUAUGCACAGAUAGAAAUGUACCCACCUCUAUUUCAGUCACUGACAGUGGCGUUCCAAGUACCGUACACAUCGAUGUCAACAUUGGAUCUGUUCAUUCUGCUUCAAAAUACUCGCAUCCUACAUCUUUAGGAAUUGUCUGUUCAGAUCAUGCAUCAGAUGUCCUUGUUGACUUAAAUCCUCCACUCUCCUUGACUGCAAUAGCUCCUGGGAACUCUUCAGACCAUCGAUUGCUGCGGUUCACUGAUGAUCUUGGUUUGUGCAUUAAGCCGUCACCUGACGUGUCACCCAUAGCCGACGAUGAUGAAGAUGUUCGAUCUCUCCUGGCAGCAGCAGCAGCUGUCGCUGCUGCAGAUAAUAGGAUUUCACAAUCCUCACCAACAGUCCGUUCAUCCUCUGGGCUGAACACUCCUCCUGAUGCAAGAAGCGGUCGAGUUACAGAUAUUGUCACUUGUAGGCCAAUGUCAGUUGGUGUAUGUGUUCAGACUCCAACUAUUCAUUCAGAAGAUAGUGUUUCAAUGUUGGUUUCGCGCCACGGUUUGACAGGAACACCUUAUGAAAACAAUGAUGAUCCUCUCACAAUUUUACUGCCAACUUCUAAUACACAGUCAGUGUCUUCAAGUUAUUUGCUAUCGUCAAACGUCCCUACACCAUGCAGUUCUCCUCUGACUUUUCGAUCUCAUUCUCCUAUACACAACCCUCAUCUAGGAGGUAUACAUACACCAACACUAAUACAUCACAAUCUGUCUUGUGAAUCGCACCCCAUUAAUAACGAACGCUCAAAUGCUUCCUUCUCAUCACUUUCUCAUUUUCCUUCCCCGGAUACACCUCCUUCGCAUACGGAUAGUUAUACAACUUGUCAAAAUCAAGAUAGUCAAGUUUUUGGUACAAAUCUUAUGACCUUAAAAGAUGCGAUUCAUCCACCACCUUGUACAUCAAUUAGUCCAUCCAAGGGAGUCCCAGAAUGUAAUACAUCUGGUGGCGUAUCUGUACCUCCAUGCUUGCCAGUUAGCGAACAUGUUACAUUAAAAGUUUUAAGCCCAGGAAAUGCAUCAGAACAAUAUAACACUUGCCCAUCGACGAGCAUAUCUAAUGUGUCAGAUAAUAUUUCGCACAACUGGAAAAAUACACCCACUUGUGGAACAAAUAUUCAGGCAGCAGAAACUUGUAAACUCUUAGAUAGUGGUUUUGAUUCUGUCUCUAAAGCUACUGAUGAAAAUCUAAUGGAUCUAGAACAAGUUAUUUCUUCGCAUUCAGCAUCAUUGGCGGAGGUUGACGAUGAGUAUUUCUUGAAGACUUCCAGUGAUUUCCAUGUAGACACAGUGACAUCUACUCUUUGCCCAGCUGAACCAGAUUUCCCUGAAAUUUAUACAGAUGGCCCAGAUGGAAACGAAACUACCACUACUGUGAUAUUACCUCAUGAACCAACAAAUGGUAGUCAGCCAAUAACACCACCAUCAGCAACAACAACUCAAUUACCCUCUUUAAUAACGUCUACUGAAGUUACAGUUAAGCUAGAAUGUGUAGACAAAAGUCCAGACAAAGAACGUUUUGCUCAAUCAGCAUUGAAAAAUACAUCUGAGUCUCAAGACAGUGCUAGUGAAUGUAAAACAAUUGCAUCUGAUUCCCCUCUUGUUCAGGCUGUUACUACUGGUGAAUUGUGUCAGCCUGAAAGCUCACCAAUAGCGAAUAGUUCUGUAAUUCUUAAGUCCCCAACUAAUGAUGUGAAUAGUCCAAUCAAGAUAAGUGAUGACGAGGAAGAUUUAAUAUUUGAUUUAAAUGAUGAUAAAUUAGAAGAAGAUACGCAUACUCAUCAGCCUAGUAGACAUUCUUCUGUUCAGUCUUCUAAAGAAGUAGAUGAAGAAAAAGUAUACAAUGAUGCAGAGUAUGCAGCUGCAGCUGUUGCUGCUGUGGACGAUGUUGUCUAUGCUUUGGCUGGAAACCGUAAACCUGAUCCCUCUAUACCCCUUGAUCCAUCUUUAGAAGGAACAGGAACAGAUCGUUUAUACAGCUUGAGUUUAGCUCCGGUUCAUAAUGGUUUGAGUAGUGCUUCACAAAUGAAUGUUUCCAGUUCACAUUUGUGUAGUACAACAAAUUUUCUUACACUUAACACAAAUUCAGAUCAUGUGGUUACUUUGUCUUCUGGUAGUCAUGAGGACCGUGCCAGUUUUCAUCAAACACUGACUAUCAAUGAAUCUUCAGAUGGUGGUGAAGUUGGCCUAGACGAUCGUCUUUCCAAAAGUCUAUCAAAUCUAACUUCCAACCACUGGAAUAAAAAUGAUGUGAAAGGUGAUUUCUUAUGCUUAAUAUGUCAUAAAGUGUUUCCGCAAAAAGCUUUGCUACUCAAGCAUCGAGUUAUGCAUGAAGAACCACGGCAUAUGUGUGACACUUGUGGCCGUAGUUUUGUGCGUGAGGAUAAACUUAAGCGUCAUGUGAUGUCUAUUCAUACGGCUGAGAAACCGCAUGUUUGUCAUAUAUGCAGUAAAGCUUUUUCACGCAAAGACAAACUUAAAGAUCAUUUAAAACAUCAUGAUCGUGCCGCCAGAAAUUUCGAAUGUCAACAAUGUCAACAACCAUUUGUACAAAAAUCUGACCUCAAUAGGCAUAUUCGUGGAGUACAUCAAGGUGAGCCAGGAGUCGGUAUAAACAUGACGAUUAAACGUAAAGCACCAGGUUCUGCUCCUCCACGAUUACCCAAAAGGCGAACAAAACCAGCCUCAGUUAAUAAUGCAGGCAAUAAUAGUGAUGUUGAAAUUAUUUCUUCAGUUGAAAAUUCUUUCAACUCUACACCGAUGCAUCGAUCGUCACACAAUGGUAAAAGUAUUACUUGUAAGCAGAAUUCCAGUGAUCCUGAAUCUGAUACCCACAUAAAUAAUCAAAUUGUUUCAUUUACCAGUAGUGGAUCUACUGUUUUUACGCCUAUUUCAGCAGUUGUUUCAAUUGCUGGAGUAACAGCACCAACAAUUAAUUUCACCCCAUUAUCCGUAACAAUGUCGCCUGCAGGUGUAACUCAAGCAGCUCAUUCAAUAUUUGCUGCAAAUGCCUCAGGUUUAAUGUUUCCUACAAUGACGGCAGCUGCUCAUCAUCAUCUUGUUCAACAGCAACAACAACAACAACAACAGCAAGCAGCGGCGGCUGCGGCAGCAGCAGCAGCAACUGUCAUGUUACCGAAUGUCAGUGUAGCUUCCAUGGCAACAAUGCAUCCGUCAGCCAUUUCAUUACAACAACAGCAGCAGCAACAACAACAACAAUUUUUCGCUAUGGCUGCUAUGCCUGCUCUUGCUCAAUCGAUAGCAGCUAAUCAAUCAGCCAAUGGUGGUAUCCAACAAAAUCAUCAUCAACAACAACAGCCUGGAGCAUCUGUUCAACCAUCACAGACUUCUAUUCAUUUUCAACCUGAAUUAAAGACUGUAGCUACGCCUUCUGGUCCAAUGAUGGUAUUGACACACAUAGCUGCUACAAACCAAGCCACCAAUCAAGCUCAUGCUCUAACUGGUCAGGCUAUUUUCCCUCAGGUUGUUGGAUUUCAUGCGACAGCAGCCCAACAACAGCAACUACAACAAUUCCAACAACAACAACAGCAAGCAGCUGUAGUUCAACAUCAACAACAAUUGUUACAACAGCAGCAGGCUAAUUAUGCAGCAGCUGUGGCUGCAGCUGGCACACAUUUAGUUACAGUUGCUGGUCAAGCUCAGGGGAAUUGUAAUCAAACGCCUGCUAAUCAGACUCAACAGUUUCAACUGCACCAUCAAGCUUCUCAACAAUUUCAACAACAACAACAGCAGCAACAACAACAUGCUGUCGCAUUGGCAGCACAUCAACAAGCGGCACAUAGCUUUCUGUUUCCCGCAGCCAAUCAAACGGGCGUUACCGGUGCUCCAACCACUUUCUUUUGUCAUCCACAAGAUGGAAUGACAGCUGGUUUAAUCUUCGCGUCAUCCACUGAUCCUGCUAGUUUUGCAAUAGCUGCAGCUGCACAAGCUCAAGCUGCUGCAGCCGCUGCUGCUGUUCAACAACAACAACAACGUCAACAGAGUAAUGUGAAUACAGUUAAUAAUAAUCAGAAUGCGUCUGCAAUAGCUGCUGCAACUCAACUACAAGUAGUGGCUGGUUAUACUCCAUCGGAUGCUGCACAACAACAACAGCAACUGCAACAACAACAAUUAUUAUUACAUCAACAACACCAGCAGAGAUUAGCAGCUGUAGCUGCCGCCGCUGCAGCAGCAGCAGGAGUUUCUCAAGGAGCUAUUGCCACUCCUCAUUCUGGAGUAUUAGUAUCCUCGAACACUACUGGAACACUAAUCAAUGGUGGUGCAUCAGCCUCUGUAAUUGUAAAUUCGAAUCAGGAAGAACAACUCGCUCGUGUCCAACAAUCAGCGCAGUUUUUAAUGGGACAACAAGAGGGCAGUACUGCAGCCGCAGCGGCAGCAGCAGUCAGUAAUUACCAGUUAGCAGCAUUCACAAAUGCCGCUGCCGCUGCAGCUUUGUACCAACAACAACAACAGCAGCAGCAACAACAACAACAGCAUCCCGGUUUUAUGCUUGCAGCGGCGGCAGCAGCAGCAGCUAACGCUGGAGCUAAUAAUCAGAAUACUACUGUCAUCUCAAGAGGAGGGUCGGCGACUGUCGGGGCAAUGACUCUACAACAACAACAAUAUCAACAACAGGCUGGUCUGAUGGCUGCAGCUGCCUAUCACCAUCAACAGCAGCAACAGCAACAACAACAACAAGCGGCUCAUCAGCAAGCAUUGCAACAGCAGAAUAAUAUUCACGCGGGAGUCCAACAACAACAACGCUGAAACAACUAGUAUUAUUAUCCCUUCAAUAUGUUAUUCUAGUCCUUCAGUCUAUGGAAUCAAGCUUCAAAUCUCUCCUGAGCUGAGCAUACAUACAUAUACACAUAUUAUACAUAGGCAGUCGUUGUAAUUAUAUUGAUACUAUUUUUUCUACUGAUCUUUAAUUUUUCUAACUUGUCAGAUAUUAUUGGAUUGCAUUUGUUUUUAUUAUUAGUAUUUUUUUCCUUUCACUUUCAUGACACGUCAUCACGCAGUAACCACUCUCUCUCUACCAGUGUAUGUGUGUGUGUGUGCGUGUUGGUCGCCAACUCCCUCCUUCUACAAUCACACUUCACCACUACAUGAUCUAUAGUGUGUCAAAAUAGUCUGGGCUAAUGACUGUGUCUACACUUAAUCCAUAUCCCAUGGCAUGUUCCCCUGUACAUAAACUUACACCAAAUAUCUACCCAUCUAUCUAUCUAUCCUCCUGGAAUGGUUGUAUAAUGGAGGAAGUGUAUUCCUAUUGGCAAUAUAAUCAGUGUUCAUUUGAUUUAAGAACUAUCUGUUGAUUCACGUCGCUAUCGUUGUUGUUGUUUAAAUAAUAACAAGUGAUUAGUAAUUAAUUAUGACGGUGUUAUUGUAUAGAAUACUGUAACUAUCCCUCCUGUCUGUCUGAAGCCCCCCCCCCAAUUUUGUCUCUUCUUCCUCCCCACCUUGCAGACAUGUAGUUUUGUUAAUUGAUUUAUCCCAACAAAUUUAUUGUCAUUUUCUUUUGACCUUUGACCAACAUGACUGAUAUUUAUUUUUGCAUUGAUCUCAAUUAUUAAUCUAAAUCCUCAAGGGGCUGUACAUUAUCACAUCUACACUCCAAAUCCCCCCUUCCCCCGCUUCUAUCUAAAUGAAAACGGGUAAAUUUUUGCCUUUUGGGAAACAAUUUUCUUUGUAAAUUUUUUGCCUUAAACUUUUUUAUUUAAUUUAAUACAUAUAAUAUAUAUAUAUAUAUAUUUAGUGUUUCACUGUGCCACUCACUGUAUUCUCUUCCUAUCAUUGUUGUUGUUGUGCUUUGAUUCACAGUUGUGUGCAUACCUCUACACUCUCUGCCAAACUUUCCUCUGUACUUUGUCUUUCUUAGCCAGUGUAAAUAUGAUUCUUACUUUUCUUACGUACAUAUACAUAUUCUCUCCUUCUACUGACAUAUACACCACAGCGCAUCUUUCGUGUGUGUGUGCAAACAUACUGUGGAUGUGUGUAUGCGUGUGUGUUUUUGCGUCAGUGCGUGCGUGCCCGUGUGUGUGACAUAUUCUCCUCUUCGCCCUCUUUCAUCUCCUCCCACUUGUUUUGUUGUGCGUUUGCUAUACACUAUAUGAACACGGUAACCAAGUUUCCUAUUUGUAUCUUUACUGAUUCGAGUGUGUGUGUGUGGGGGGGGGGAACUAUCUAGUCUCUAAAUCUUUGUUCCUGAGUGUGUUUGUGUAUGUGGGCGUGUGUGUACCACCAGUGUUGAUUAUACUACAUUUCACUGACAGUCUGUUGUAAUCCCUACUUAUUUUCUUUACUGACACACUGUGUGUCCACUCCUUUUUGGUCGCCAAUAAUUUGUACAUUAUAAUAACAGUUAUAUGAAAUAGCUAUUGUGAAAUAAAAGUAAUAUUGUAUACCUAAUAUUAUUAUUAAUAUUGUUAUUAUUACUAAUAUUGUGACUAAUAAUUGUGAAUCCAUAUGACUGCUAUGACUAUUACUACUAUUUAUUAUCAUUAUUAUGAUCAUUGCCUUAUUUUUUACACGGAUAUUGUAGUAUAUACUAUUGCAUAUAUAUACUUUUUUUGUUUUCUUCUCUUUUGUGCUCUCUACUCAGUAUUUUUUUGUCUGCUUAUUGGUUCCUAUUCUUUUGACUUUUGUAGUUUCUUUCAAUGUCCUUGAUAAUGACGACAAUGAUGUUGAUGAUGUCCAUCGACAUUUGGAUAUCUAUACACACAUAUAUGUAUACAUAAACCGUGUAUAUCUAUCUAUCAACACUUAUUAACCCCCCCCCCCUAUUUAUUAUUAUUAUUAUUAUUAUUAUUUACACAAAUACAUAUAUGACAAUAAAUCUGCAUUAACAUAAAGAUUCUUCUUUGUGUUAAUUGUGAAUAUAAAGAUAUAACUACUUCAUUUAACUUUUGUUUUGUUUUUUUUUGUCACGAAUUGACGACAUAUUUCUCAGAUAUACGUGAAAAUGACAUUGUGUAAAGGCGUAGAUGUGUAUGUGUGCCUAUUUGUCUGU